AUGCCACUUCUCGCUCUCUCCAACGAACUUCUCAAUGCGAUCAUUGAAUUCUGUGAGUUUAGUGAUGCACGCGAGCUCUGCAAGACUUGCCAUCUGCUCAACACAGUUGCUACGCCUUAUUUGUAUUCUACAAUCACCUUCUAUGACAAGAUUGAUGAAAUUUGUCCAAAAGAUCCUCGCCACUACCUCUUCCUUCGCACUAUAGUCAGUCGCCCUGAUCUUGCGAAAUUCCCAAAAACCUUCCAGUGCGUGUGGUUCCUUCGUGCACAACUCCAAUCGAUCUGGAGACUCUUCUAUCGCAACCUAGAUGAUAGAUCCGAUCCCGCUAACGCCUUAUGUAAUCUCAUUCGGAUCAAGGUCAUCGAGGCCAGCGCCAGCGAAAAACAAGCAGAACUCUGGUACAGAGCUAUCUUUGGAUGGGGGAAUAGCAGGGCACCGGGUAGUGACGGUAUUUUUGCAUUCAUUGUCUGUCUUCUCCCCAAUUUGAAGGAGAUUCAUAUGUCCGAGGGAAAUUUUAAGCGUGGUGGAAAUGCAGGCACCAUUGACCCUACUGCAGAGUUUUUCGCCCCUAUGUUUGCCCACGCAGUAGCACUUCAGACAAUGCAGAGAGCAUCGGAACAUGAAAUCUCGCCAUAUUCCAUGUCUAAAUUGACCUCCAUGUCAAUAAAGAACAUUUCACAUGAUGAUGUACCACUUUCAAAAAUUGUACAUCGUCUUGAACUGCCAUCACUCAAGAAGUUCGUCGUUCAAGAUGCCAAUGAUCUUUCCCCGGAAGUUCCCUUUAGCAUUCCUGAAACAUUUACUUCUCGGGUCCAGGACCUGCAAUUUGAGCGUAGUGUGCUCCACCCUGAAAAUUUGAGAAGACUCCUGAGCGCCUGUCCAUCACUUCGCAGAUUUGCGUUAGAGCACUCCAGCAUCAGGGUUCCGUUUUGUUCCACGGAGAUGAUUGAAGGUUUGAUGGCCAGUAAGGAGACACUCGAAUUCAUUGAAGCUGGAGUGGCAAGUGAAUACAUACGCCCCCAUUUGGUUGAGACUGGAUCCUUCGGUCGACCCGGCUCAUUUGCAGACUUCCCAAAGUUAAAGGAGAUUGUUGUGAGUGCUGGAGUUAUUCUUGAUGACUCAAUAAACAAAAACACAUCUGCAAAGACGUACAGUGGUGACGAUCCUGACGCUGAUCACACAAGAGCCUUUUUACAGCGCAUCCCUCGAAGUCUCCAAAAUCUCACAUUGAAAGACUGUUACUCUUUUGAUAACAUGUCAUUUGCGGCAGUUGCGGCAUUAGUCAGACAGAAGGAAAGAUAUGCUCCUGAUCUCAAGUAUAUCAGCUUGACGUGGCUCGGUAUGCAUCCUUCACAAUAUCGUCCGUGCAAAUAUGAUUUGAUCAGGGCAUGCAAGGAAGAAGGAAUUGAAUUAGGGGUAUAUUUCAAACAUUACUAUAUGUAA